GUUGGCGUUUACCCGUCUUUUCUCGUCUUUUUCCUUUCCUUCCUUCCUAGGCUUCUCCUCGCUCUUACCAUUUUCCCUCAAAUUUCACAGAAAAAAUAUCUAUUACUUACUUUAGUCAACUCCUUCUGAUAAUCAAAAUAAUUCCGCUAAUUGUAGCUAAUUCAUGGAUCAAACCCACUGUUACAAUGCAUCGUUUACCAAAUAUCUUCAUUACUCGUAAAAAAUCCGGCAGCCGGAUGGGGAGUCGGGAUAGCCCAGCCGCCAAGCCGAAGCCGAGGUUGGAGCGGCGAAACGCGUUGAAGAAUAUAGACUAUGAGCUGCCUUCAACUUCUUCGGAGGAAAAUUCGUCGGUCUCUUCGGCGUCUUCAUCAUCGGCGGCGGCGGCGGCGGCGACGGCGACAAGAACUCGAUCGCUUGAUCUGAUUCAUCCUUUGUCGGAGAAGACCAGCUUCAGAAUUGAAGGGAACGGGGAGGGUGAGUAUGAGGUUAUUUUCAGAAGUUUGGGCCUUUCUGGACCAGAAGAUUUUGCUAUUCCUACUGAUGCUUGGGAGGCGAUGAAGGUUCGGUCAUCUUCCGAUGUUCUUCCCCGUUUUUCACGGCUUAAUUAUAGUAGUGUUAGUAGUCCUGGAGCUGGAGAUACUGAUGGUGAAGUUUGUGCUGCUUCGCCUAGGGUUAGUGAUGUAAUUAGUCCUAGAAAUGAGGGGAUUGAUUUUGGAUGUUUGAGUAGUUCUGUUGCUAGCUCUGGAGUUAGUUUAACUAAUCCACAAAUCCUUGGUAUUGAUUUCGGAUGUUCAAAUAGUUCUUCUGCGAUUAGUUGCGGUGAUCAAAUUAUCGAGAAGAUUGAUUGUGGAUUGCCGGGUAAUGUGCCUAUUGAUGUCAAUGGAGGAAGUGUUGGUGCAGCGCCUGAUGUUGUGUGUGAAUUAUUGUAUAGGUUAGGAGAUAGUGUUAGAAUAACUGAUGCAAUAUCUAGCAGAAUAGAUGAGCAGGUUAAAUUAAAUCAUGUUAGGGAUGGUGAUGGGAAUCUCAAUGGGAAUGAGGGUGUUGAGAUAAUUGGUCGUGGUGGAGGUGGUGGUGGCAUCAAAGGUGUGAGGCCACCAGCUUUGGCACCACCACCUGCUAUGUCAUUACCUGUUAUUGAUAAUGGGUGCUCAACUUGGGAUAUCCUGAGGUCCUUUGCCCCAGAGGAUGAUAGGGUUCCAUUUAGGUUUGAGGUUAGUGAUGCUGUUACUUCUGAUGAUGAGGGUGGAAAGGGCUAUCUGGAGGAGGAAGAAGAGGAGGUUCGUGAUGUGGUGGUGAGGAGGACGAUAACUGGAGAGAAUGGCAUGCUAUCAGGAUCAUGUUCAUUUACCACAACUUCGAUUGACGAUGAUUCAUCUAGCACUACUACGGAGCCUAUGUCAAAUAUUUCGCCCAAUGGGAGAUUUAGACGCAUUAUCACGUAUUGGGAGAAAGGUGAUCUCUUGGGACGUGGAUCGUUUGGGUCGGUCUAUGAAGGGAUUGCCGAUGAUGGGUUCUUUUUUGCUGUAAAAGAGGUUUCUCUGCUUGAUCAAGGAGAAGAGGGAAGGCAAAGCAUUUACCAGCUUGAACAGGAAAUUGCUCUUCUGAGCCAGUUUGAACACGAAAAUAUAGUUCAGUACUAUGGUACCGAUAAGGAUGACUCCAAACUCUACAUUUUUCUUGAGCUGGUAACUAAGGGCUCCCUUUUAAGUUUGUAUCAGAAGUAUAACCUUAGGGAUUCCCAGGUCUCAGCAUACACAAGACAAAUUCUACAUGGUCUGAAGUAUCUUCACGAUAGAAAUGUGGUUCACAGGGACAUCAAGUGCGCAAAUAUAUUAGUGGAUGCUAAUGGGUCUGUAAAACUUGCUGAUUUUGGUCUUGCAAAGGCCACUAAGCUGAAUGAUGUCAAAUCUUGCAAGGGAACUGCAUUCUGGAUGGCUCCUGAGGUUGUUAAUAGGAAGACCCAGGGGUAUGGUCUUGCAGCAGACAUAUGGAGCCUUGGUUGCACAGUCUUAGAGAUGUUGACACGCAAGUAUCCAUACUCGCGUUGGGAACCUAUGGCGGCACUAUUUAGGAUUGGAAGGGGUGAACCACCAGAUAUUCCCGAAACUCUUUCUGGAGAUGCACGCGAGUUUAUCCUCAAAUGUCUCCAAGUUAACCCAAUUGCUCGCCCUUCUGCUGCUCAGCUGUUGGACCAUCCAUUUGUUAAGCGUGCACUUCCCUCAUCUUGCUUAGCAUCCCCAUACCAUCCUAGCAGGCGGGUUUGAACAAAUUUAGUGGUAGUAUUUACAUUGAAAAACUCUCGUCCAGGCAGCUUCAUUUAGGAGCGUAGCAAUUAUUGAUGCUUGUGGACUCAUCUCCGAUACAGGACUUUCAGAAGCUUCAUGUUAUUGCGGCAGUUUGUGCUUGCAAUUUCUUGGGUUAUGUUUGGAAAUUUUGGAACAGACGCAGUUGCUGUUGAAUUUAUCCUAUUUGUUAUCCUCCUUCUGAGGAGUUGUUUUCUUGCCAUUGAUAGGCAUUUGUGGAUUCCAAUUCUCAAAUUUUUUCUCUCUCAUUGUUGGACCGAGUGUCCACCUGUAGUCUGUAGGUUGUAUGUGGACAAGAUCUGAUGCUUUGGCAAGGCUUGUAAAGAUAAGAUCAACUUGCAUUAAAUGUAAAUAGCUUUUUUUGGUCGACCAAGUGUAAAACUUGAUACUAUAUUCAACUGAAUCUGUGGGUUUCUAACAAACUUUA